CCACUAUCGGAGUAGCGGUUGCAUUUGCCGGGCGGAUGGAUAAAUACAUAGGACGUGUUGCUGUGGUCACAGGUGCUAGUGCGGGAAUAGGAGCAGCCAUAACACAGACUCUGCUUCGGCAUGGGCUGACUGUUGUAGGACUCGCUAGGAGGGUUGACAGGGUCAAGGCACUGGAAAUGAAGGAUGCUCCAGGCAAGCUGCAUGCUGUACAUUGUGAUGUGAGGAAUGAAGAGCAAAUUGUCAAUGCAUUCAAAUGGAUAUAUGAAAAUGUUGGAGGUGUUGAUAUCCUGAUUAAUAACGCUGGUGUAGCAGGUCAUUCAGACAUUACUGAGGCACCAACAGAGGAGUGGAGGAAAAUUCUAGAAGUUAAUGUUCUUGGACUCAGCAUCUGCACAAGAGAGGCUGUACAAGGCAUGUUACAGAGAGGAGUUAAUGAUGGUUUUAUUAUCCAUAUUAGCAGUAUUUCUGGCAUUUAUCCCCCAAGAACCUCAAAUUUUAGCAUGUAUGGUGCAAGUAAACAUGCAGUUCAGGUACUGACAGAGGGCUUAUUAAAGGAUUUAGCUGAAAGAAACUCAGGAAUCAGAGUUACGUCAAUAUGCCCUGGGUUAGUAAAAACAGAGAUCAUGGAUAACAUGAAACAUGUAGAUAAAGAAAAGGUCUACUCACAGCUACCACAUCUGCAACCAGAACAUGUUGCUAAUGCUGUUGUGUUUGUUUUAUCACAGCCCCCAAUUGUCCAGGUGCCUCUACUUGUAAUACAACCUGUUGGACAGAGGAGUAUUACUGAAGUGAAGUAAACAGCUGAUCAACAUCAAAAAACUGCAGAUAUUAGGAACCAGCUAGUGGUGAACUUAUGAUGUAAUAUUUAGCAUAAAAGUUCUGAUGUCAACAAAGUUAAGUGUUAAGAUAAUAACAAAUGCAAAGAAUUAGAAAGAUAUUUUGAAAAGCUGUAGUUCUAAUUGGUUGUUACAUUCAUUUCCCUUGAUGCUAACAAAUCUUCCACAUACUGAAGGUAAUAACAAUGCAUGUUCUUUGUGUAUUUAGUCAAUUGUUCAUGUAUUUGCAAAGUAUGUGUUGCAUAAGAACAUGGUUCCCAUCCAUCCCAAAUUUUUUUGGGACAGCCCCAAUGUUUAAUAAAAUAUCUGUGUGUCCUCAAAGCCCCAUCAGGGACAGUGAAAUGACAAAUAUCAUCUUAUUUGAUGUUUUAUUUCUAUGCUAAUCACCUGUGGUAUCACAAUGCUUAGUUUUCUUGUAGUUUUGGAAUAUUAUCAUCACACUUCAUUCA